UCUCCUGCAGACUUCUCCUGUUGCCAGAAACCAUCGCAUCCCGGGAAUCCUUGUUCUGGAGCUUUGUAAAGGCUUACCCAAAGAUCUCUGCGAUGGAAGUGGACAUGGUGUCCUCAGCUAUACUACCGCUAUGUGAAGGGGACGAAGAGAUUGAAUGAUCUUGGUACGAGAAAUACUCCCAGACCAUGGGACGUGAUCCCUCAAUAAGGAGCACCUCUCAAAGUUCAGCCCCUUCCUGCCUUCUGGAGCCACGAAUGGCACCUCUUGAUCAGACACAUGGGUCCGGGUCUUCCUCUGGACUCAUCAGCAUUGCUAGGAAUAAUGACGAAGGUAAUGAAAUGGAAAAGAAAGAGGAGGAAGGAAAGGAAAGGAACGUAACCAAGAGGAAGAUGGACAGGGUGGUGGUCCACAAAACCUCCCAGAAUCGUCCUGUGAGCAAAUCCAUCAUGGAAACCUUGUGGAUGACAUUUAAAAUGAAGCAUCGGGUCAGGACCCCUGAAGCAGUAAGACUGGCCGGAGAUUUGGCGAUAUCCGUUCCACAGGUUACAGCCUGGUUUCAUAGCACCAGAAGGAAAUAUCGAGAAAUGGCUACGGUCCAGAAGAAGGCGACAAGGUCUGCCCAGGAUGAAGUCUCCCGUGACCCACUGCACGUGCUCCGCUUAAAACGGAUUGGGAAGAGCGAUUCCUUCUAA